GCGCAUGCGCUCAAAUGGAGACGGCGGCACCAGCCCGGGCGAAGGGUGAGACGGUGGCCGAGAGGGCACGGGAGGCGGACGGUGGCCGAUGAGGUCGGGUAUGGAGCACCUGGAGCGCUGCGCGUGGUUUCUCCGGGGGACGCUGGUGCGGGCGGCCGUGCGGCGCUACCUGCCGUGGGCGCUGGUGGCCUCCAUGCUGGGGGGCUCCCUCCUCAAGGAGCUCUCGCCGCUGCCCGAAAGCUACCUGAGCAACAAACGCAACGUCCUCAACGUGUAUUUUGUCAAACUGGCCUGGGCCUGGACGUUCUGUCUCCUCCUGCCCUUCAUUGCCCUCACCAACUACCACCUGACAGGCAAGGCCGGCCUGGUCCUGCGGCGGCUGAGCACGCUGCUCGUGGGCACAGCCAUCUGGUACAUCUGCACGUCCCUCUUCUCCAACAUCGAGCACUACACGGGCAACUGCUACCAUUCGCCGGCCCUGGAGGGAAUCAGAAAGGAGUACCAGAGCAAGCAGCAGUGCCACAGGGAAGGAGGCUUUUGGCACGGCUUUGACAUCUCAGGCCACUCCUUCCUGCUGACCUUCUGUGCCCUCAUGAUCGUGGAGGAGAUGUCCGUGCUGCAGGAGGUAAAGACGGACCGAAGCCACAACCUCCAUACCGCCAUCACCACCCUGGUGGUUGCCCUGGGCUUCCUGACUUGCAUCUGGGUACUGAUGUUUCUGUGCACAGCCGUUUAUUUCCACAACUUGUCCCAGAAAGUGUUUGGCACCUUUUUUGGUUUGCUGAGCUGGUAUGGCACGUACGGGUUUUGGUAUCUGAAAUCCUUCUCCCCAGGACUUCCUCCCCAGAGCUCCAGUUUGAAUUCAAAGCAAGACAGUUACAAGAAAUAAGAGAAACAAAAGGGGGGACAGCAGACAGUGGCUGAUAUAUUUUUCAUUUCUUUUGCUUAGUUAUUUGGCUAAAUUAUUGAUCCUACUUCAGAGGGGAAGCUUCCCAGGCGGUUUGGGUGGGUGGUGGUGGAAUCUGGGGAGUGACUUUCGUCCUCAGGCUAUUCUUGGCGAUGUCACCUGUGUCACAAUCACCACCAUCCCCAGUCAGGCACGUUUUGUCCCUGCUAAGACUUGACCUUAAUCUGGAACACCCCUUUUGUCCCUGGAAGGGAGAGCCAAGGCUCAGCGAAAGGACAGGGUCAGCAAAGCCCCGUUGUGUGGCUGAGGGGGAGGCAGAAGCCUCAGGACUCUGCUGCCGUCUCCCUGACUCUAGUUGCCUUUGAUUUUGAUGGCCUCGAAUGCUGUUAUUUAACAGCAUUUCCCUCUGGCCAAUUUCGUAUUAGCAUUUAUUUUUGGCAGGGUUCUUUAUAAAACACCCAAUGCCUGAAACACACUCUCUUGUAGUAUUUGUUUCAUUCGUGGAAUGUUCUAUAUCUCUAUAUCUAUCGCAGCUGGUUCAUGGUAAGCCACCAAAACAGGCCCGUUGAACUGCAGUGCCUCUGCGGCAAGUAUUGGAUGAUUCUUACGGAGUGAACAAUGACAUUUUCUGUCUGUGUUGUCUGUUAUUAUAUGUUGGUUUUUGGAGCAAUAAGGUAAUCUCUUUUUUCUUCUAUUUUGAGUGAAUGCUUUAUAGUUUUAGUGACAACUAUGGCAUUUGUUCUUUGUUGACAAAACUCCUGGAAAUAACUGACAACUCCAGUGCCGCACUUUGGCACACGUAGAUUGUUUUGAGGGCUUUUUUUUCUUUUUUUUUUA